AUGGUUGCAUUGAUCGACGACGGCGUAGACACGUUUGACAAAGCAUUUACGGGCCAGGUGCUUGAGGGCAAGAGCCUCGACUACCACAAUGGUCUUCGGCCGCCGUACUCGUCAGCCCGAGGACAUGGGACGGUCAUGGCUAGCAUGAUUCUGAGGGUGUGUCCAAUGGCCAAGAUCUACCCGAUACGACUCAAAAUAUUUGCUACUGCCGACAGCAGGAAUCAGAUCGUUAUGGAUUCGGCAGCUCAGGCUAUCGAAGCUGCUCUCGAUAAGAAAGCAACAAUCAUUUCCAUGUCGUGGACUCUGCCCAUAUCCAGCGUUGAUGUGGUCAAAGAGCAGUUUGGGUCUGGCGUCUCGCUGAGUGACCGCAUCACGAGCAAGGUAGCAGAAUGCCAGUAUGAGACGGGGUCCAGCGUGGCGACGGCCUUGGGGGCAGGCCUCGCUGCAAUGGUUCUCUACUGCGUUAAGGCCGCAUUCUUGUUACUUUACAUCGCCAACGUCAACAAGGGCAACAACAAUGUCAUUGGAACCGCGGUUAAACCUUCGGACCUAGAAUACCUUGCGAAGCCCGACGGGAUGAAGUGGGCGUUUUCUCAACUGGGAAAACUGACAAAGGACAACUUCAUCCCUGUGUGGGAGCAGCUCGACCCUGUCAGCGAGGCGAUGGAGCAGGUUAUGAGCGGAGGUCUCACGGAGGCGAUGAGGGAUGGAAAGGAUGGAAAUAUGGAACGGUUCUGGGACUUUGCGUCGAGCCUCGUCCGGGCAGCACAGAAGAAUCAGAUUUAA